AAAAAAUUUAAUUUUCGAUUUUUAUUCAAAUGAAAAAAUGGAGUCUUAAAAAUUAGAAAAAGAAUAUUUACGAUAUCUUUGACCGUUAUCUUCUUUCGUUUCUUCAAGACGUGUUAUCUCUUAAAAUAUGUAUCAUGUGAACCUUUGUCGGUUUUACAUGUUAAAAAGAAGCUUGUAACGGCUCAUUGAAAAUGGACGUAAACGUAUGUUCACGUCGCGUUCAUGAUGGCUAUGCGACUAUAAGAUCGCGCGGCAGGCCGCGUGCCGUCUAUCGUUCCGACUCCGAGGAACUGUUAAAGGAGGCAGGUGGCCCGUACGCUUUGCCGCGCCUCUCCAACUUCCGGGUGGUCCCGGAAGACGCGCGACAGGUGCCCAGAUGGGCCGAUCUUGGUCAGGAUCAGCCACUGAUCGAGAAUUACGGUACUCUACGUGCCAUCAAGUCGCGGGAUUUUGAAGAGCCGCGCAAAGUAACACUGAAAACGUUCUCCCGACGGGACAGACAUGGCAGCAAUUCGAGAAACAGUGCUCCACAGGGCAAUCUUCAGCGUUUGAGGGAAAAUAAUGAUAAGAAUUGUGAAAUUACGCAAAAGAAAGAUCAUCAAGCUGAUACCAAUUUCUGCGGUCAUUAUGGAUGGAAACCAGAAGACUGCGCUUGUUACGGCUGUAACGAUCGGCGAAUUUAUGAUACGGUACCAGUGGAAGAUAAUACAACUAUUCUGAAACCCUGUGUCGUCGGCACGACUUCUCAGGAGAACAGUUUUAUUAAUAUUAAUAACAAUCGACAUGAUGUAUUUAGGAAUUCCAAGGAGGAUGUCGAGAAUUUCAACAAUCGCUCUGUAAAAGAUUCGAGAAACAAUUGUAUUUUAAAAAAUAAAGAUAAUCCUUACGUUGAAAUGGAGAAUGACAAACGAAAGAGCGCUAAAGAUCUGGAAAAUAUAAAAAAUGAUCUUCUCAAGAAUUCAAAGAGCACGUCCGUCUUCAAUAAUGACCUGGAGAAACGAAGAUUUUCCAAAGACCAGCAUCCCAUCUAUGCAGUUCCUCAAGUGUUCUCCAAGCCCAGACGCGAACGUCGAUUGAUCGUAAUUGACGGAAACUACGUUCCUAGCGGUGAUCUCUACCGUACUACGGCCAAAUACAUCGAAGACAUCAACCGGAAUCUUGCGGAGAUCGAUAAAAGUUACGAAGUGAUGAAAGCGAGUCCUAGAACUUACGGAGUGAUCAACAGAAUCGCCAAAGGCGAAUUGCUACCGCAAGAUCAAUCUGGAAAUCUCUUUGGCUACGUGAGAAAGAGAAAUAUGGCACCCAUGUUGCCCAUUAGUGCCGAUAUAGAAGAAGUUGUUGAAGAAACGAAUGAAAAGGAAUUCAGGAAGGAUACCAAGUAUUUUCGCAGACCCAAUUCCAAAGGUAGACUUCCGCCGAAAGUCUUACCGAGAUCCUCAUCCAUUGAGAAUACGUCCAGACACUCGACGGGAUCCACCACCGCCUCAUCAAGCAAAUCUACUGAAUCUUUAUAUGCAAUCAGUGAAUCUUUGACGGAAUUACCGAAGAUUUGCGAUUUUCAGAAACAAAAUUCACCCUCGAACAAAAUUUCUCAGGAGCUGGUAUUGAAAAAAAGCAACUCGCAAAAUCAAUCAAAGUUUAAUAUCGACAAGGAUAUCCCGAAAAGAAGCAAAUCUGCAGGUUUGGAGAUCAAAGAUUCAUCGUCCUCGACAGACGACGAAAUUUCGAUUCAGAAGGAUCGAUUGCCGGUCACCAGUGCGAUUCGCAGGAAUCGCUCUCGAGUCGACCAGGAGAAAUCAUUGCUGAGGAAAGAACGAGCUUCUAACGAGGUCCUGGAGACCUCGUUACUAGGCAAACUAGAGCACGUGCGGUCUAUGGAGAAUCGUUUAAAAGACCGUCGAUACGACACAUUGCCAUCGAGAAGACCCAGAAUCUCUUCGAGACCGCUUCACAAGUCCAGCGAGGACGUCCUUGAUGGUGAAAGGUUUUCUCAUGACGAUUCUGAUCUACAAAAAUCUUGCUCAAAUGAUAAUGAUGUCAAUCGGAAACAAAUCGCCGAUGAAAAUCUCGCGGAAGCUCAACAAGGUUGUUUUUACAUCGUGGACGCCACCGAUGUGAUUCUCAAAGGACAAUUAGAGCGAUCCAAUCGCUUACAGCGGCAAGAUCUCUUUCCCAGAACUAGACACAAUUCUUUGGAAUCUAAGGAAGCAGACGCCAAGGUUCAAGCUAGCGCUUUCGCUACUCUUCCGAGAAGAGGAAAUCUCGCCAAGGAUCAGCCCGAUUCUCUUAGGAGAUUCUCUGGGAACGGACCCACCUUGGAGCCUUUAUACGAACAUGCGGUUAGUGAUCCUGUGAAACCACGAGAAAUCCAAAAUGUGAUACCCUGGUGGGAGCUGGCCACCAGGAAGUACAGGCAUCGCAGUUGUCCAUCUUUACAGGCGCAUGUAGUCUCAGCUUUUGAGCAAUCGCUAUCCAAUAUGACCCAGAGAUUGCAGCAACUCACAGCUACAGCUGAGAAGAAGGAUUCUGAACUUCAGGAACUUCGAGAAACGAUCGAGAGGCUGCGCAAGCAAAGUGCCGAAGCUGGAUUGAACAACGGUCCAACUGCGAACAAUGGUCGGCGUCAUACUUUAGGUGAUUCCGAAUCCGGUACCACCGGCUGCACCGGCAACAGUAGCAACAACCACCAUCAGGGCGCAUCGAUGGCAAGACAGCUGUCCGCGGACAGCGUGACGUCUCUGAACUCGUUAAGCAGCGCCUGCUCGGCCAGCAGCAAUCAUCACAAGAAGAAGGGUUGGCUACGCAGCUCUUUCUCCAAGGCCUUCUCGAGGUCACGUAAAAAUCGACACGGUUCGGUCUCCGAUGCCGAAGAUUGCAAGGAGAGCCCUGGCGGUGACCUGAGCGCUCCCAAUAGUCCUAGACUGCCAACCGCGUCCAAACACGAGUCUUUGAGAACGCAAACCGCGAGGAGCAACGGCCAGAAAUCUCCCGAUCAUGAGAAUCCUUUAUCGGGAAGCAAGAGCAGCUCGGCGUUGUACAAGAAAGAUGACGAAGACGUGGAUGAAUUGAAGAAGCAAUUGAGGGAGAAGGACUUGGUGCUCACAGAUAUCAGAUUGGAAGCGUUAUCUUCAGCUCAUCAGCUGGAGUCUUUGAAGGAUACGGUCAUCAAGAUGAGGUACGAAAUGCUGAACUUGAAGCAGAACAAUGAGCGUCUCCAGCGACUAGUGACCUCAAAGUCGCUUACUUCAUCACAGUCCUCUCUACCUAGUGACCCAGAUCGACGCUUCAGCAUGACCGAGGUGGCAUCGAGUGUCGCAGCGUUAUCGAACGGCGAUAUCAGUUCCACGGCCGAUCAACUGGAAGAUCUCAACGUUCCGAUCGAACAUUCCGUGGUACCGUCGAGCGCGACAACGGAACCAGUUCUCGAGCAAGACACUGACGGCAAGAGGAUCAACGUGGCCGUCUAUCUCGGCAGUGAACGAAAUUUCAAUUACAAUUUGAUUACCGGGAGCUCCGCCGACGGCACUAUAGGCGAACCGCCACAUUGCGUGAUCGCCAAUGUGUGCAUUAGCAACAAGACCAGCUGGGACGCGUUGGAUUCUAUAGUGAGGCGUUGCUUCAAGGAGUACGUUUCCCGGGUGGAUCCCGUGACAAAUCUGGGUCUUGGCGUCGAAUGUGUUGCCGCGUAUCAUCUCGGCGAGGCUUCUAGAUGCACUACCGAUUCUCAGCAUCCUGAGUUGUUACCCUGCGGUUACUUAGUCGGCCACGUGAAGACUAUCUAUCUAGUAUUGUCAGGCUACUCCUGGCUAGCGGUGGACACCUUGAUACCGCGCUCCAUCGUUCAGCGACUGAUCUCCCUCCUGACGGAACAUCGUAGAGUAAUUCUGUGCGGACCAAGUGGUACAGGGAAGAGUUAUUUAGCUGGAAAAUUGGCGCAUGCUCUAGUAGACGCUGACAGCGACACGAAAGACGCCGCCGCCGUUGCAACUUUCAAUGUCGAUCACAAAUCCAGCAAAGAAUUACGCCAAUAUCUCGCACACAUCGCUGAAAGAUGCGAUUCGAAUGCCGCUGACGAACUACCUAGGGUGAUUAUUUUGGAAAAUCUUCAACACGCGGCAUCUCUGGGCGAACUCUUCAGUGGGCUCUUAGGAACCAGGCACUCAUCAUGUCCUGCUAUCAUCGGUACUAUGAGCCAGGCCACCUGCAGUACCACCAAUUUGCAGUUACAUCAUAAUUUCAGGUGGGUAUUAUGCGCGAAUCACAUGGAGCCGGUCAAGGGAUUCCUAGGGCGUUAUUUGAGAAGGAAAUUACUGGAGCACGAACUACGUGAAUGCGCCGGAACAAGGAACGCGGAAAUGGCGGCAGUAGUCGAAUGGUUGCCGCGUGUAUGGCUGCAUCUUAAUAAGUUCCUAGAAACCCAUAGCAGCUCCGACGUUACAAUAGGACCACGGCUCUUCCUAUCAUGUCCGAUGGAAGUGGCUGGAUCUCAAGUGUGGUUUACCGACUUGUGGAACUAUUCGGUAAUACCUUACUUAGUGGAAGCGGUCAGGGAAGGAUUGACACUAUACGGAAGACGCGUAAGCGGCAACGGAAAUGGCGAACCCACAUGGGAGGAUCCAGCGCAAUUCAUCACGUCAAGCUAUCCAUGGCUCUCGACGCAUGCUGUGCAUGGCGGCAGCGAUGCUCUUCUUCGUCUGAGACCUGAAGACGUGGGAUACGAUGUCGUCUCCAGCGGGCACACUUCCGGUGUGGGCGCCUCCAGUGUAAAGAGCCUCGGAAGUACUCACAGUGAUACCGAAGGAGAUCCUCUGCUUAAUAUGCUGAUGAGACUUCAGGAAGCGGCUAAUUACUCAAGUCCGCAUAGCAACGACAGCGAUUCGGUGACGUCCCUUGACUCGUCACAUACUCGCCAUUCAGAAGAUUUGAGCAGUUCGACAUCUUCGUCAAGAGGAGUAGAAUCGGCACUUUAAAUUAGCAAGAUAUCAUCGCCGAAAGGUCAACAUACGCAUAUUGACCGUUUCACAAUUAAAAAUACUAUAAAAAGGUCAGAUCAAUAGCUCUCACAAGUAAACAAUCAUUCCGAUCGCCGAAUUCAAAGCAAGGGAGAAUUAUUUAUAAAUAAAAGGUAAUUAUAAACCAAGGAUCUUUAUCAGGGAAAAUAAUCAGCGCAAUGUUUUUUAAGAUUAAAAUUCAAGAAGAAAGUUACAGAUAUCGCUAAAUCAUACUUCCGAAUCGAGAUGAAAGCUCAGUUAAACAUAACGAUAAUUCUUAUCGUAAUAAACAUCAAUUUGCAUACUUAAGGACCCUCUGAAAUAAUAAUGCAAUAAAAUUAAAAGAAGUCACGAAACGCCAGCUAUUUUAAGAUCGCACUAUUUUAAUACCAACAAUAGCUUCGUAAUGAGCUAACAAUAAGAGGGAUUUGAGAUGCCUAUUAAAGCUGGCCUAGAUUUAUAGAUUUCUACGUGCAUCCAGCAUCUAGGUGUGAUAUGUAAUAUUAAUAAAUACACGAAGAAUGAAUAAGCGGCGACUUUUCGUUCCUAAGAAAAAUAUAUAAACCGAAAGAAAUCCAUUCUAUGAAAAUUAGUUUUACAUUUUUGGAAUUGAGAAAACUUAAAAUUUUUUAUUUAGUUAAAGCUAAUGAGGAUUUGGAAAAUUAAA